AUGAUUGCAUUCAGUCAAAAUCUUUUCAUCUUGUAUUCAGUUUUCUCUGACAAACUCAUUUCAGUUUUCAUUCUCUUAUCAACAUCAUCCUCGACUCCAUAUUUCUUUUCACCACCCCCACUACAGUCUCUGUCCUUCACAACCACCCCCAGCACAGUCUACAUUUUCCCUGCCCUCACCAUUAUUCUCCUUCACCCACCACCACAGUCUCUGUCUUUUUUCUCUCACCCACCACCAAAUUUUCUGGCUAGUCUAUGUCUUACCACCCAUCAUCACCACCGUCUCCAUCUAUCUUUUCUCAUGCACCAUUACCACAGUCUCUGUCUUUCUUCUCCCAUCCACUACCGCCACCAGACUCCUGUCUAUCUUCUCUCACCCACCAUCAUUAUAGUCUGUCUUUCUUCUCUGACCACCACCACAGUCUCUAUCUUUCUCUUUUUACCCACCACAGCCACUGUCUUUCUUAUUCCACCCAUCACUACCAUUCAAGACUUUGUCUUUCUUCUUCUCGCCACAGACUCUUUCUUUUUUCUGUCACCCACUAUCACCACUCUUAGUUGUUCUACCCACCACCAUUGUCUCUAUCUUUCUUCUUCUACCCACCACCACCAUAGUCUCUGUUUUUCUUCUCCUACCACAGUUAUUUUUCUUUACCACAGCUACUAUCACCAUCAUAACACUAGUGUCUGUCUGUCUUCUGCAACCAUGAUAACCAAGAUCUACUGUCUCCCUUUUUUCUUCCCCUUACAAUCUUUGUCUUUUUCUCUCCCCACCACCACAUCUUUGAUCUCCUUCCUGCCACCUGUCCACCAUGGUCUCUAUCUUUCUCCCUCUGCAUUCUAUCUGUCUUUCUUUUUCUCUUCCAUCUUUUCUUCUAUGGCCCAACUCUCAUCUCCUUUUUAUUCUUUCUUUCCUCCACCACCAACCUUCCCACUUAUUUCUCUGCCUUUUUCUUACUCUGCACCCACAACCGACUCUGUUCUCUCCUUAUCCUUGCCAUUACCCUCUCACUCAUUUUCUCUAUCUUUGUGUUUUUUUUUUCUAUUUUUCUCAGUUCUCUCUCUUUUCUUUUUCGUUCUUUUGCUGUCUUUUCUGUUUUCUCUCUUUCUUUUUCCUUUUUUGUUCUCUAUUUUCUCUCUUUCCUUUUUCGUUCUGUCUUCUCUCUCUUUUCUUUUUUCUCUUUUUCUCUCUUUACUUUUCUUUUUUUUUUUUUUUUUUUUAUUUUUUUUUCUCUUUUCUCUUACUUUUCUUUUUCUCUUUUUCUCUCUUCUUUUCUCUUUUUCUCUCUCUACUUUUUUCUCUUUUUCUCUUUACUUUUUUCUUUUUCUCUUUUUUUUUCUCUUUUUCUCUCUUUACUUUUUUCUCUUUUUCUCUCUACUUUUUCUCUUUUUCUCUCUACUUUUUCUCUUUUUCUCUCUUUUUCUCUUUUUCUCUCUACUUUUUUCUCUUUUUCUUUUUACUUUUUCUCUUUUUCUCUCUUUACUUUUUUCUCUUUUUCUCUCUACUUUUUUCUUUUUUUCUCUUUACUUUUUCUCUUUUUCUCUCUUUACUUUUUCUCUUUUUCUCUCUCUACUUUUUUCUCUUUUUCUCUCUACUUUUUUCUCUUUACUUUUUCUCUUUUUCUCUCUUUACUUUUUCUCUUUUUCUCUCUUUACUUUUUCUCUUUUUCUCUCUUUACUUUUUCUCUUUUUCUCUACUUUUUUCUCUUUUUCUCUCUACUUUUUCUCUUUUUCUCUUUACUUUUUCUCUUUUCUCUCUUUACUUUUUUUUCUCUUUCUCUCUUUACUUUUUCUUUCUCUUUUUCUCUCUUUACUUUUUCUUUCUCUUUUUCUCUUUAAUUCUUCUAUCUUUUUUCCUCUUAUUUUUUUCUUUCUCUUUUCUCUCUUCUUUUUUGUUCUCUUUUUCUCUCUUUUUCAUUCUCUUUUUUCUCUUUUCUUUUUCAUUUUUUUUUCUCUUUUCUUUUUCAUUCUCUUUUUCUCUCUUUUCUUUUUCCUUCUCUGUCUUCUCUUUUUCCGUUUUCAGUCUGUUUUCACUCUUUCCUUUCUCUCUUUCUUUCCUUUUUCUCUCUCUUUCCUUUUUCUCUCUCUUUCCUUUUUCUUUCACUUUGUAUCUAUUUUUCUCUUUUCCCUGUCUUCUCUCUUCUCUUUCUUUCUCAGUGUGUCUCUUUUGCUAGCUUUUCUUUGUCUUUCUUUUCUUUGUCUUUCACUCUCUCAUCUCAUGACUGAAAUAAAAACCUUGAUCCUUGCUUCUCUCUUUCCAUUGCAGACUUUCUUCCCAUUCACCACAAUCAAUGACACAGGCAUGUUCUUUGAUAAACCAAAAACUAUUCCUGAAAUGCGAAACCAUCUGGUUGACCUUUCUUCCCACUAUUUCCAAAAGAUAGGAGAUAAAAGAUGGCAGAGACUCCAGCCAGUCGGGUUCAUUCAUGACAUCCUUAAGCUGCAGACAAAGUCUCAUGCCAUAACUGCUGUCAUCAUUGAAGAGAAGAGCAGCCAACUUGGAAGAGAGUUAAUCCUUGAUUUGUGCAAAUAUCCCACGAUUCUUGUUCGGAGAAUGCUCUCCGUCAGAGCAUUUGAAAAAUACCAGAUCAAGGAAUAUCCCUCUUUGUUUUUAAUUGAAGGUGAUGGACAAUUAAAGAAAGUUACAGUCUCUAAUAAGACAAGGGAAUCAUUCCGAAAUGUUCUUAAAAAGUUGUCUGGCUACAAUAUACAUGCUUCUUUGGCAGACCAUCAAAAAUCAAGUACUGUAGUCAGCCCCAAAUCUACUAAAUUUGAAAAGUUUCCAUUAAAAUCAAGCCACAGGCCUGUGCAUGGUGUUUAUAUGAGUGAUCUACUCUCUGGAAUCCACUAUAUGUUCCGACAGGAAAUUCCCAUUCGUAAAGCCAUUCAUGGCAGGGCACUGAAGGCUCUACAAAACUUGACGCUUGUACUUUCCAAGUAUGUUCCUGGCCCACCUUCUGUUAAGCUGUACCUAGAAAAGGUGCAUUCAUGGUUAAUGUCAGUCAACUAUUUCAUGACCGGAAGCACUUGGAUUGAAAGCAUCGAGACACUACAGACCAAAGAUGCAUAUCUUCCAGACAAAAUAGAAUGGAUCAGUUGCAAAGGCAGCCGUCCCAAGUAUCGUGGUUACCCUUGCAGCCUGUGGAUGCUCUUCCACACCCUAACUGUCAGUGCCUAUAAGCAGAACAAACAUAAUAUCUCGGUACCACCUUACAAAGUUCUUCUGGCAGUGUCUGACUACAUCCACUACUUCUUUGGUUGCAAUGAGUGCAGCCACAACUUUCAGAAAAUGGCCAGCACAAUGCUCUCUGAAGUCUCAACAUUUGAAGAGUCUGUUCUGUGGUUGUGGAAGGCGCACAACAAAGUGAACAAGCGUUUGAGUGGCGAUCUAUCCGAAGACCCUGCACACCUAAAGAUCAUAUUCCCAUCCAGGGAAAUGUGUCCAUUGUGCUACAUGUCUGAUAAUAGCAGCACUAAUCCAAAAUGGAGGGAGAAAGAAGUACUUAGAUUCCUAGUAUCGUUCUAUUCAAAGAUCUUGACCUCAAGGAAAACUAACAGGUCUUCGGUUGGGAAGGAAGAAGCAGGAGGAACUAAACUCGCAAAGGAUACAGUAAUGAUGCCACCAAUUGGGAGCAAUACCAAGGCCAUUGUGGCUGUGGAAUUGGACUGGUGGGAGAAAAAGCAGCGACGUGAGGAUUUGCAAAAAUUAAUUGCAAUUCGAGUGGAAAAGAGAAAUCUUAAUUUCACUAGUCUUGGUCGCAAUCGUCGGGAUGAACUCCAGUCCAGGGUCCUCCCACAUCGGACAAAGGGCCCUUUCUGGAUAUUUAAUGAAAUCGAUAUUGGCAUGUGUGUUAUAUUUUACAUCUUCUGCUUAAGUCUUAUUAUAUUCCUAUACUUUCAUUUUGCAAGGCGAAAAAACAAACGGUUUUGUAAACUGUUGCCUUUUUGA